AUGGGUGCGAAAGUGUCUAGAACUGACUUUGAGUGGGUCCACACGGAAGAACCUCAUGCUACAAGACGAAAAAUCAUCUUAGAGAAAUACCCAGAGAUCAAGAAGCUAUAUGGUUACGACCCCAUGUUCAAAUGGGUUGUCACCGCUAUGGUUUUCACUCAGUUCGCCAUGCUGCCUGUCGUCCAACAUUUAAGCUGGCCGUACGUCAUAAUCCUGGCGUAUUGCUUUGGAGGGGUCAUUAACCACUCGUUGAUGUUGGCCAUCCACGAGAUAGCUCACAACCUGGCCUUCGGUCACAAUAGAUCUCUCCACAACCGUAUCUUCGGUUUCUUCGCAAACCUACCCAUCGGUAUACCGAUAUCUAUCAGCUUUAGGAAAUAUCACUUGGAGCAUCACAGGUACCAAGGGGACGAAGUGAUAGAUGUUGAUUUACCAACGCUGUUGGAAGCCAAGUUAUUUUGUACUACCGGUGGUAAACUACUAUGGGUUCUACUUCAACCAUUUUUCUACUCACUCCGACCGUUAGUAGUAAGACCCAAACCUCCCACACCUUUGGAGCUCGUCAAUUUAAUCAUACAACUGUUCUUCGAUGUCGUUGUCGUCAAAUUAUUUGGUUUCAAAGUACUCGGUUACUUACUGAUAGGAUCUUUACUGUCCAUGGGAAUGCAUCCAGUUGCCGGCCACUUCAUAUCCGAGCACUACAUGUUCCGAAAAGGCUUUGAGACUUAUUCAUACUACGGACCCUUGAAUUGGAUCACAUUCAACGUUGGCUACCACAAUGAACACCAUGACUUCCCAGCUGUACCGGGCAGAAGAUUACCAGAGGUAAAGCGUAUAGCCUCUGAGUUCUACGAUGACCUUCCCCAACAUCACAGCUGGUCUUCAGUGUUGUACGACUUCAUCAUGGACCCGGACAUUGGACCUUACGCGAGGAUCAAGAGGAAACACUACGGACUAGAGAGUUAG